AUGAGUAGAAACACUAGUGCUGCGAUGGAAAAUAGAAUGAAUACAGAAGAUAGUAGAAAAGGAACAGGUUCCAGUUGGAGAACCAUGGAGAAGUUUGACGCUAGAAAAUAUGCUGACCUAGUGACUGUGACUUCAAUUUUAAAAAACGAAGAACUGUUAAAGCAUCAAAUAAAUAUGAUUCAUGAACAAUUGAAGAAUCAAGAAGAGCUAUGGAUAAAAUUAUAUUAUCAAAAGAAGUAUGAAAGUUUAAUAGAACUCGCUAUGGACUUAGAAACUUCUUAG